AUGACUAAACUGAUCACCUCCGAGAACAACUACCGCGCCUUCAAGGCUCUGAUUGCCAGCAAGUACAGCGGCAAGGCGGUGUCGGCGCAGACGGUCGACCCGGCGAAGGCGAAUACUCACUUUGGCAAGAUUCCCUCCCUCGAGGUCUCCGGCUCGAGUGCGCUCUUCGACAGCAGCGCCAUCGCCUACUACCUCUCCAAUGCCCAGCUGCGCGGCGGCGACAACGAGCUGAGCCAGGCGCAGGUGCUCCAGUGGGUGAACUACGCCGACAAUGACAUCCACCCGGCCGCCUUCGCCUGGACCCUUCCGGCCACCGGCCUCUCCACGCAGAAGGCCACCCUCGAGUCGGCGAAGGCCGAGGCGAAGACCUCGCUGAAGCUGCUCAACGACUACCUCCUCACGCGCACCUACCUGGUGGGGGAGCAGAUCACCCUGGCUGACAUUGCCGUCGCCGUCAGCCUCCUGCCGCUGUACCAGUACGUGCUGGAGCCCUCGGUCCGCUCGGCCUUCGGCAAUCUGAACCGCUGGUUCACCACGCUGGUCAACCAGAAGGAGUUUGCCGCCGUGCUCGGCAAGGUGGAGCUCUGCGAGAGUGUCAAGCAGCUGCAGGCCGGUGCUGCUCAGGCCCAGGCUGGUCAGCAGGGCAAGAAGGACAACAAGAAGAAGGAGGCGAAGAAGCAGAUCACCCUGGCUGACAUUGCCGUCGCCGUCAGCCUCCUGCCGCUGUACCAGUACGUGCUGGAGCCCUCGGUCCGCUCGGCCUUCGGCAAUCUGAACCGCUGGUUCACCACGCUGGUCAACCAGAAGGAGUUUGCCGCCGUGCUCGGCAAGGUGGAGCUCUGCGAGAGUGUCAAGCAGCUGCAGGCCGGUGCUGCUCAGGCCCAGGCUGGUCAGCAGGGCAAGAAGGACAACAAGAAGAAGGAGGCGAAGAAGCAGGCUGCUGAGCAGCCGAAGAAGGCAGAGCCUAAGAAGAAGGAGGCGGCGGAGGAGCAGGACGACGGCGGCGACGAGAUCAACCUCGCCCCCAAGCCGAAGGACCCCUUUGAGAAGCUGCCCAAGGGCAAGUUUGACUUUGAUGACUUCAAGCGCUUCUACUCGAACAACUCCGAGGACAAGUCGGUGCCCUACUUCUGGNAGGACCCCUUUGAGAAGCUGCCCAAGGGCAAGUUUGACUUUGAUGACUUCAAGCGCUUCUACUCGAACAACUCCGAGGACAAGUCGGUGCCCUACUUCUGGGAGAAGUUCGACCCGGAGGCCUACUCCAUCUG